UGUCCACGGUGACACUCACAGACAGCAACACAUUUGACAUGGAUAACAACACGAACAUAUAAAAAUGAAGGGCCGAAACAGUUGGACUAUAAAUUACUGGUGUGACAUAUUAGCACUGCCCGAAGGGGAGAGAGAGAGAGAGAGAGAGAUGAACAUAGAAGUCAGUCCCAUCCCAAAGCUGUGCCCAGUCGCAGAGGUCUUCCCAUGGAAUGAAUUCUCCUACACAGCCCGUCUGAGCCCCACAGAGACCCACGACACAGCCGGAUGGCUCUCUGCUCUGCCUGCCUUCCACAAUCAUCAUCCACCCUAUCCCAUCUGUGAGAGAAUGCACCCGAGUGGCACCCAAAGCUCUGCCCCAGAGGAGAGCGGCAAGACCGCCACAGAUCCUGGAGAGGCUCAGCUGGACUUCUACCGUAAACUGGGCUACUCCCCAGCGCAGGUCCAGACCGUGCUGCAGAAGUUUGGCCUGAACACAGACACUAACAGGAUUCUGGGGGAGCUGGUGCGGACUGGAGCCAGUCCAGAAGGGAUGGAGAAGGAGGUAGCCCCAACUACCAUGUCUGUCCUGAUGGCCCGAGGGGAGACCCUUAGUAGCCUGCCCCUCACCCCUCCACCCAGCUGGGAGGAGGCAGCCAGUGAGGAGGGAGAUGACCUGAAACCCAUAGUGAUCGAUGGGAGCAAUAUGGCUAUGAGCCACGGGAACAAGGAAGUAUUUUCCUGCCUGGGAAUCCAGCUGGCGGUGAACUUCUUCCUGGACAGGGGUCAUACUGAUAUCACUGUGUUUGUUCCCUCAUGGAGGAAGGAGCAGUCCAGACCAGAUGUCCCCAUCACAGAUCAACACAUUUUGCGCGAGCUGGAGAGAAAGAAGAUCAUGGUGUUCACCCCUUCGCGGCGUGUAGCGGGCAAACGUGUGGUCUGCUACGACGAUCGCUUCAUCGUCAAGCUGGCGUACGAGUCAGGCGGUAUCAUCGUAUCCAACGACACAUACCGCGACCUUCAGGGCGAGAGACAGGAGUGGAAGCGCUUCAUCGAGGAGAGGCUGCUCAUGUACUCGUUCGUCAAUGACAAGUUCAUGCCCCCUGAUGACCCCCUGGGUCGCCAUGGUCCCACACUAGAUAACUUUCUACGGAAGGUUCCUCGGUUACCACGGAAACAGCCAUGUCCUUAUGGAAGGAAAUGCACUUAUGGGAUAAAGUGUAAAUUCUACCACCCAGAGCGAGCCAACCAAUCCAAUCGCUCUUUGGCUGACGAGCUGCGGGAGAAGGCCAAGCUGCCCUUGUCACAACAGAAACACCCCACCACAGGUUCUGGACCUGCCAAUGGCCUUUCCCUGGAGGAGGAGAUGGCUCAGAAACUGACCCUAGAACAGUGGAAUGGCUCCUUGAAGAAAGGCCUCACCAGUGAGAAUGUUCUUCUUCUCAAGGGAGGCCAUCGCUCCAGCUGGAGGUCCCCAGCUAAGAAGGCCAGCACCAACCGACAUUCCCCGACCGACCUGGACUCGGCCCUGCCCAGUGGCUCUCAAGAGAAGCUAGAUUCUGGGCUGGGCUCCUUUGAGAGCCAGGCGUCUGACCCCUCUAGAAACCACUGUGAUCGCUAUGACAACGCUGGGUACAGGAACUGCCAGUCACAGUCCGCCCCCAGUACGAGACAACAACACUAUUCUCUCCCUAGCAACCUGCCUUGUAGCUGUUGCUCCCAUGCUCAACCUUCACUGGGCCCCAGCGCAGGAUACCAACAACACCACAGCCCACACUAUAGCAUGGGCCCAGCCAGCACCCACAACAACACCCACAACCCAGACAUGAUGACCUACUGCCCCCCCUGUUACCCCAACUAUGGGGCACCAAUGUAUCCAGUUAGUAUGCAUCAGGACAGCCACCCCAAUGACUUCCAACAACAGGGCAGGUUCUACCCUCCACAGCAGACCUACUGGUCGGACCCGUUCAGGACUUAUCCUCAGACUCUCCAUAGCGUUGCUCAGGUGGAGCAACAGAGACACUGGUCCCCUGCCCGGACACAGCCGAGCCCCCAUGGGGAGGGCAGGGAGAGGGAGGACGGCAAGGAGAGGGAGGAUGUCAGGAAGAAGCUGCUGGCCAUCUUUAACGGCCGUCUGGUGGACAAGGUCAUGGACAUGUUCCCCCAGCUCAUGGACCCACAGAGACUGGCCGCUGAGAUCCUCACCCUGCAAUCUCCGGGCCUGUGAUUGGCUCGUUGCUCUGAGCUGGAGGGAUUUGUAGUUUCUUUCAGUUGAAAGCAUCUCUUGAAAAACUGUCCAAGCUACUGUAAAGAUCUGUGUUGUGUCAAGUUUUGUGUUUUCCACUUUAGGGAAACAUUGAUCUUCCUACUGUAUUUGCUUUGCCAAAUGUAUUCUUGCCAAGUGUUUCAGGAACUAGGUCGCUUAUGUUGCCUCUGAUAACAUAAAACCGGAGGCAAUUGAUUGUUGAUGCAAAUUGUAUCUUUUUAAUAAAUCAUUUUAGACCCUUGAAUGUAUUAGAUGGGUAAAAGUAAUGCAUUCGAGGAGCAAUAUUCUUACAGUAUGCAUGUACAUAUGUCUAUAUUAGUUCCCUAAGGCCUAUGUAUCAAGAUUAGUUAUGUAUUAUCGGCACAGUGUGCAAUAAUGGUGGGUCACGGCUAACUAUCUAGUACGGUAGUGAAGUAGAUGCUCUAUGGGUCAUGUUCAUUGAAGAACAUUAAUGUCCAGAGAAUAAAUAUACAGCUCUGGAAAAAAUUAAGAGACCACUGCAAAAUUAUCAGUUUCUCUGGUUUUACUAUUUAUAGGUAUUUGUUUGGGUAGAAAUAACAUGUUUGUUUUAUUCUAUAAACUACUGACCAAAU